AUGAAGAAGACUCUCUUUCUCCCCGUCCUUCUGGGCACCUGCGUGAUUGCGGGUGCUCCAUUCCAGGGCGCUCUCAAUGGCUUUCCGGUGAAUCCCUACGACCCAUAUUGCGCAAUGUCCUGCCUGCGGUCUCUAUACUCGUUGAUGCUCUCCUGCUCCAGCAUGGGCGAUACCGUUGGGAUGAUGACCAUGACGACCACCUCGGCGUGCUGGGCACAAAACACCCCCUAUCUUACCAGUCUUGCCUGGUGCAUCCAGGACAAAUGUGUCCCAGAGGGCAUUGCGACUUCAAAGCUCGAGUACUUUUGGGAAACCGAAGCCACGGGUCAGUCCAACGCCGGCGAGAUAGGUGUCCCUCCAAAAUGGUCGUACUCGGAGACGCUGCAAACGAUAUCUAGCCCGCCUACAAUUCAGCUCACUCCACAGGAUACAUGGCUUAACGAUACGGCCCUCGUCUCGCCUCUAGUCUAUCAAGAGCAAUGGAACGUCUUGACGAGUGUGCAGCGUGAAACAGUGCAUGAGAACGCCUAUGGUAUUGCAAUGCUCGUUUUUGGUUUCGGAACGCCCAUAGUAUUCACCUGGCUUGGGUAUCUGCCAUUCUUCUCGACCCUCUUCAGGAAGCUCAAGCCGUAUCUUGUAUGGCCAAGCCUCAUUGGCACCUACCAAGCCCGUCCACUGCCUUUUCUGCUUGGAAAUGCGCCCACCAUCGGCCAGACGCUCUAUAUCCUCGUGUUUCUCAUCCUCAACAUCGUUUUAACGUCUGUCAGCUACCAGUCCCGGCAGCCCAACGCGUGGUACUCCAGCACCUGGCGCGAGAUUAUGGCGAACAAUAUCCUCCUGUGGGUGACGAACUGGUCGCACUCGACAUUUCUCGUGCUGCACCGCUGGAUCGCUCGAAUCUUUACGCUGCAAGUCCUGAUCCAUUCCAUUAUAGCCGUGGUGCUAUACAAGGCCGAGGGAACGUACGACGACCAGGUUAAAGCGCCGUACUGGAUCUGGGGCAUUGCGGCCACGCUGUGUUGCUGCAUUCUCACGUUUGGCAGCCGCCUCUACGUUCGCAACUAUGCAUAUGAGUUCUUCCUGCUGAAACAUAUUGUGCUUUCUGCCCUGCUCAUUGUCGGCUGCUGGUACCAUGCCUACGAUCUAUACAAAUUCCUUGGAGGGUACGAGGACUGGAUGAUUGCCAUUUCAGCAAUAUGGGCGUUCGAUCGCUUGGGACGUGUUUUACGCAUAGUCAUGGCCGGUGCAUGCCGAGCCAAGGUCACUGAGCUCAGUCAAGAUUUUGUCCGCAUCGACAUCCCUAGCAUCCGCUGGGGCUCCGAGCCUGGCAAGCAUGUCUACAUCUACUUCCCCACGCUGCAUCCUCUCCGGCCCUGGGAGAACCAUCCGUUUUCCGUUCUGCAAACGGCUACACUGCAGUCAUGCCCAGCACGCAGCAGCUCGGACUCCAUCAGCCAGAGUUCCGCAGACAGACCACAAGACCAUUGUGAUGUGGAGAAGACGGCCGCGGUGGAUUCAAAGGCCAUGGCAGUCUCGCAAACCGCCCGCCCCGAUAUUGGCCUGACGGUCUACGUGCGAAAGUCGGCCGGAGCGACCAAGCACCUGGCCGCGUGCGAGAGUCUCUUGACGUUUAUCGAGGGUCCAUACGCAAAUAAUUCGAUGCGUGAGAUACUGCGUUGCGAUCGCCUCUUGCUCAUCUGUGGCGGGAUUGGAAUCACAGGCCUUUUGCCCUUUGUCAACAACCACUGGAACGUCAAGCUCGCAUGGAGUGCCAAGGAGUCUGCCCGCUGCCUGGUCGAGGACCUGGAAGGAGCAUUGAGUGCCAUUUCAGACAAAGAUGUGAGGGUUGGGAGUAGGCUAGAUAUCUCGCAGCUGCUGGACAAGGAAAUAGAGGCGGGCUGGGAAACGGUAGGCGUAGUUGUCUGUGGGCCUGGUGGGUUGUGUGACGAGGCCAGAGCAGCUGUUGCGGCAGCUAGCAAGCUUGGUAAGACGGAAUUUGAGCUCAAAGUCGAGGCAUAUUCGUGGUAA